AUGUCGUGCUACAAAAUUGUCCAAAAUGACACAGCACCGGAAGACACUUCCGCUGCCAAACAGCCACUCGCCGCGAGUAGUUUGUCGAACGUUAAGCACCGGCGAAAACUCCUGCCAGGAAGCGCUCUCUCCGGAACGGCUACGGCCAUUCCGCCGGCCCAACAUCGUCCAGUCUGGUCACCGGAAGUGGCUGGGCGCGGCUUUCGAACGUCCUGCCGGCGGGCCGACGUGGACACGGCGGCCAAGCUGGUGGGGGCGAGUUUCGCCACGAUCGGAGUCGCCGGUUCCGGUGUCGGCAUCGGGACGGUGUUUGGCUCGCUGAUGCUGGGCUACGCCCGGAAUCCGCCGCUGAAGCAGCAGAUCUUCUCGUACGCCAUCCUCGGCUUCGCGCUGUCCGAGGCGAUGGGUUUGUUCUGCCUGAUGAUGGCCUUCCUGAUGCUGUUUGCCUUCUAG